AUGGGCGAAGAAACCGCCAAGAAUUUAUUAAAAGAAAUGAUUUCUAAUUUUAUCACCCAAAACAAAAAAUAUCCUCAAGGGCUAGACUUAGAAAAUCAAGCCAAAUUUAUCGGCUCGGUGUUUGGCACUAAACUAGAACAAGGAAAAAAAGAAGAAGUGAUUAAGGAAACCCGCACUGUUUUAAAUGGUUUAGUAGAAGCCAAAGUAAAUGAAUUAGCCGCCAAAGAUUACGACGAAACCAACAAACGCUCCAAAAACCCCAACACCAUUAAAAAAUUAGCGGGAUUAUAUAAUUUAACCAAUGCAAAAAUUGAUUAUGAAAAAAGAAAGAAUAGUGAAGGGGAUGCGGAUAUUACUAAGUCAGAAACUUUAAAAAAGUUAAGCGAGGAAGCCAUCACUGAAGACACCAUGGAUGGCUAUUAUAAUUUACUAAAAUCUUUUAGAAAAAAUUAUGAUGAAUUGGUGAAAUUAAAAGGAGGUGAAGAAAACACUAAUCUUUUUUUAGAGAAAAUGACGGGA